AUGCCCCGUUACAUCUCUCACAAUAACUAUAGCGACUAUAGUGAUGAUGGUUAUGACGACUACGACGACUAUGAUUGUGGCAGGCUGAAGAAGAGCGGGGGAGCUGUGGAGGGAAGACCUGCUUGGCAAAGCAAGAAAAGCUCCACCGGCUCUACUCCAUCAAAUACUGGUAGCACUACUUGUUCUACACCAAAAACAACGUUUGAAACUGUUUCGACCCCCACCCCAAUAACACCAUCGACCUCGUUAAGUUCAGUAGCGAACAUUGGUACCAUGAAGGCAACUCCUUCUCAGCAGCACAUCGCUAAAUUCAUAGCAGAUGUUGAGCGUAGUGAAGAAGUCAUCAAGGGAGCAGCAGGGCUCAUUAAAUCAAGGAAUACAAUUAAUGUCCUGGUCGUUGGGCAUGUUGACGCAGGAAAGAGCACCAUAUUUGGACAUCUAGCUGUUCUAUCGGGGUCUGUCUCCAUGCGAGAAAGGACACGUACGCAGGCGCUUGCAGACACUUAUAAUAAAAGUACAUUCUCCUACGCUUUUCUCUUGGAUACUAACGAUGAAGAGCGUCAGCGCGGGGUAACGAUGGAUGUGUGUAAUCAUACCCUCACACUGGCAUUCCCAGAACUCGGUGAUAACUACUCUGUCCCUCACACAGUUUUCCUGCAAGACUGUCCUGGACACCGAGACUUUGUUCCAUCACUUAUUAGAGCCGUCUCUCAACCGGAUGCAGCUGUCUUGGUUUUAGAUGCAUCCCCCAAGGAAUUUGAAAAGGGUUUGUCAGAUGAUGGUCAAACACGUGAGCAUUUGCAAUUGUUAAUGAUUUUUGGUGUUAAGCAUAUCAUGGUUGCAGUGAACAAGUUAGACAGAACAGACUGGAACGAGGGGCGUUUUGUAGAGAUUGUAACUGUAUUAACUAAAGUGCUUCGUAAGGACAUCCAGUUUGGCGGAGAAGUUACCUUUAUUCCUGUAAGUGGUAUAGGCGAAGAUGGCUCUCAUAACUUGACGCCAGGGAAUGCAGGAUGUCUUCCAGAUUGGGUUAGAAAGCAUACGAGUUUAGGCGAGGAGAUUUAUAAGACUCAGUCGAUUCGUUCAACGUCUCAAAUUAAGGGAGAAAAAACAAGUCCUACUAUCAUUCUUUUUGAUGUAACUCCAGAUACGUAUGAGGGGAAAAAGGUCUUUGCUGCAAACUGUGUAGUAGAGUCAGGCAUCCUCCAACUCAGCGAUAGCAUCGUCCAUCUACCGUCUAUGUAUCUGUUUCAAAUAGUAAGCAUCAUGGUAGAUGCUGUGGAGGCAGAUAAAGCAGUUGCCUAUGAUACUGUUACUCUGUAUUUGGCACCAGAUAAGCGUGCUACUAAGCUAUGCAAUAAUUGUGAUAAGCUCGACAGUAGUGUUGUAGUGAAGGAAAUGCCUCAAGGAUCUUGCUUUGUCUUAACGGGGAUCCUUCUUCAACAGGGACCUGUGUCAAAGGGUGUGUGGAUAAACAACAUGAUCCUAGCUACGACUGUCAAGGCCCUUGUUCUGGUCCUUAACACCCCUCGGGGAAUUAGUGUAGGAGAUGUGUAUGAUUGUUAUGUCGGAAGUAGCAGAGUAGAGGCUAGGGUACAUAAAAUAAAUGCUCAAAUAAACCCGUCAACCCAAGAAGUUAUUAGAAAGAACCCGCCUUUGGUAGGAAAGUCUGCAUAUGUUCGAAUGACUCUUAUCUUUAACGUUGCUGUAAUAGUGAAAGAGUUUAGCAAGAGCAAACUUAUGGGAAGAAUGAUUCUCCGCAGCGACAACAGAUCUGUGGGGCUAGGAAAAAUAGAGCGUAUAAGUGAAAAGUAA